GUUUGAUAAUCACUCAAACAGCAGUAUGAUUCGAGACAUUAUUCUCUUCUUGUUCACUAAGCUGGAUCGGGCCCGCGCAGCAAAAGCUUUCAGAGGUUGUGCCUUUUGGGGAGGAAGCUUCACAGAUCGUGACUUUAGGAAACAGUGCUGUUUGUGGCUAAAAGAUAUUGCAAAUCAACACCAAAGCUGUCUUCCACAAAUUACACCUUCUGCAUUUAUUUCUCCUACUGGUCCUAAAUUUACUCACCUAUUGUAUCGGCUUGCAAAACAUGUAGUGGUUGAGGACAUGAAAAGGAGCUUCAUAGGCACUGGUAUACCUUUUGCUGAAGCUGUAAAGUUGAGACCUAAGGAUAUGUAUAUGGCAGAUGCAAGAUGUAGAGUCGCAUACAAUAAACUUCUGCAAAUUUUUCAAAAGGAAGAUUUUGUUAUUCAAGAAUAUGAAAAAAAAGCACAGCUUUUAAUUAAAGAAAUAAAACAGAUAAAGUCUGAAUAUGCAGUCCUGCAGAUACAGUCUAGCAAGAUGAAACAAAAUGACCAAAACAAAAAUGACAAAACUGAGAGAAUUCAAAAGGUCCGCAGUAUGUGGACACUUAUAAUAGAAAUGCUUACAUCUCUGAAAAAGGAAAGGGAAGUUGUGGAUUCUGUACUUGAAGACUGUGUUGGUCCGUGCAUUUUAGAUGGAGCUAAUGUUGUGUUCAGUGUUCCACAGCUGUUGGCUCUCAGGGUUGAAAGUGACAUACACCAACUUUGUACAGGAAACUUAUAUGAAGGUGAAAAACUGAAUUUCUUAACAGUCAUGCAGUUACUAAAUGAAGCUCUGAGGGCACUGAGAGAUGAACGUUGUCAGUCUGAAUUAAAACUACAUCUGCAGGUCAAGGGUCUGGAGAAUAAGGUUACACUCCACAAUAAAUUACUACAUAAUUUGAAAGAAAAGAGGCUACAAAUAGAGCAAGAGCAUCGUGUGUCAACAAGUGGAUCUAUCUCUAGAACACAGGAAGAAUGGGAAGUGAAGUGGAAAAGCUUUCUUGGCCUGUGUCCUUUUAGUUUAGUCUUAAAUCAGGAUACAGAAUUUGGUCUGUCAAGAGCUUCACCACCCUAUUCUUUUAAUCUUACAGAAGAAGAAGAUAAGGAUGGAGUAUUUUUUCAAAAAUGGCUAUCAGUUUCAGAUGUUUCUGACUCUAUUAAUGAAGUAAUUUAUGAGAAAAAUGAUGGGGCAUUGGAAACUGUGAUGGAUAAGUCAACACCACUACGAAGAUGGAUGUCUUCGGUGCCUUUGGAGUUGUCAAAAGCAUCUGAAAACGGAGACGUGUUAAUUGAAAAGAACUUGCCUGUUGAAACUUGCAGUGGGGAAAAAAAGCCUCUGCCUCCAAAGAUCUUAAAAAAUGCAAAGGAUGAGUCUGCCAUUUCAGAAAUGUGGGAGAAUGCGGGUGAUUGUGUUAUCCAGACAGUGUCGCCUGUCAAAAAAGAAGACCCUCUUAAGAGAGCCAGAGAUGAACUGGCAGAAGAGGUUGCAAAAACAGUGAUAUCUGAGUCACCUCAGAGUGGUGAAGAAAAAGGAAUGGAAUUAGAAGAGCUCAUUAGCUCACUGGCUCUUAACCCAUUUUUAACAAGGAAACAGAUUCCCCGAACUCCGGAAAAUCUGCUUACUGAAAUUAGAAGCUCGUGGAGAAAAGCUAUUCAGACUGACGGCUCAUCAGAAACAGAGCUGACCCCAACUGAAGUAAUGACAGAAGAAGCUCCAAUGGAUGCUACACCUAUAAUGCAGAAGGCAGCAGACUCUGGUUUUGGGUGCUCUACCCAUGCAUCUCCUGUACCUGACUUUGAACCUCCCUUGUCAGAAAGGAAGUCCCAAUUAAGUUCUACAGAAUUUAGAACCCCAAAGUGGAUGAAGAUAAGUCGUAUAAUUGAAUCUCCAAUUUUAGAAACAUCUGGAAUGCAAGAGUGUGAGAGAACCAAAGAAGGGGAAUUAACACCUAUUGUUUUGAAGGAAAGCUCUGUAGAAGAUUUGGCUUCUCAAUAUGUAGAGGAGAGCAUGAAUACUUCAGAUACUUGUUCAAAAAACGACAGUAGCACAAUUAUUCUACCUUCAGACCAGUUUCAGCGUUUCUUGAUGGAUGGGAAGCUGCACUGCAGUGCAUCUCCAUUGUUGAGUUCUAUCAGUUGUGAAGCUGCCUUCUUGCAGAUAUUCGAUGAGAAACUUCGAGAAGAACUUGAUAGCACAGAUCCCGAAAAAUCUGUAAGGUCAGAGUCUGAUUUUGAUGGAAUGGACAGCAAAUACGUAAUAGAUGGUUCAGAAAAUAAGGAGGACAUUCAAAAAUCAGAGCUCGAUCUACAGUUCAGCACAUGUGAAGUGCUGAAAAAGACUGCACCUAGAAGCAAAGAGGAGCUGCAAACACGUGAUGGAGGCAAACCUGUAAGUUGCAGAUCAGACCCAGGUCUUGCACCAGAAGAAAUAGAAAGCAAUGAAUUCUGCAGUACUCCAAAACACUUCUCCUUGGAUGAAGAAUUUACUAAGACGCCAUCACCAAUGUCUGUUAGUGAAAGAAAAUGUUCCCUGUCGUCUUUGCUGGAAUCCUACCAACAUCUGGAGGAAAUGGCAUCAAUGGUACACAAAAUCCCAUUAGACUUAAUACAUAAAUUGGAGGAUAAAGAGCAGUUGAAUGAGAAGCUGGACACAAAGGAACCACCAUCAGAAUGGAAUUUGUAAAGCAGAAGCAUAACCACAGUAGUGCAAUAAUGGUUCACUUGAGCUGUAGCAUCUUCUCCAAGCAUGGCUUAGAUGGAGAAGUUGCAUUUCUUCCUAAUUUGUAUGGAGACUAUAUUCCAGUCUCCUUGUUUAAGAGUGGAAGAACCAGAGCAAGCAACGGACAAUUUCAUGCCAUCCAUAGUAGCACUCUAUGUACAGCCCAUCAUUUAUGUACAAAACUAUAUAUUCUUUUCUAAGCAUAUAUUUACAAAUAGCAGAUGUUAAGUAGGUGGCAUCAUCCUAGAAAAUGGAAAAACAAAGUCUCAAAUGAGAAAUAGUGAAAUCUUUGGUGUGUCUAUCUUGCCUCUAUUUUCCCUCCCUCCUACUCCUCCCAAUUUUACUUUGUGCUCUGCAUUCAUUGGUUUCUUCUCUCUUAUUGAGACUUCUGGUCAAUUUUGCCCUUAGUUGUACCUGGUGAUAGUCUGCUUUCUUUUUAUAAUCUUCCACUGAAGUGCCUAUUUCUUCAGGCAUAUUACUGAAUAAAUGUUUUACACUGAAGCUGUAAAGAUUUAUGACUUAUGGUAGUGUUUAUUUUCAAAUAAUUUAUAUACAUUUAUGUCAUUGUGGUGUAAGUAACUUGCUAAUACUGCUAGUGGGGCAGGAAUGUACAAGUUGUGGUUCCAGCAGAUAAGCUUAUUAUUAUAAAAGUGCUGCCCCCCUAACGUGGUGUGUUUACAGAGUUUUGAAGUGUUGCUAAGUAAAGUUGGUUUUCUGUUCUGGUAUAUCUUUCUCCUUUCUUCUAAAACAGUUGCAAACAGGUUUUAAGACGAAUGUCCACCUGUAUUUGACAUCUUCCUUAUGAAGCAGAAUUUGACAAGCUUUAUGAAAAGAGGUUUUUGUUGCUAGUUGUGGAAGCUAUAAUGUGGCUGCUGGUGUGUUAACAGCUAAGAGGGAAGUGCUUCUUUAUACCCCAUUUGCACAUUGAUCUCAUCAUGGUCAAACAGCUAGGGAAUUGGAAGGUCUGACCUUUCUGACAAUCUAUUGGCUGUCUGCAACAGGCACAGCCCUGUAGAGCUUGGUGCUGGUGACUUCACAGAAGUUCCCCAGGUGACUGUCCAGGCUUUCACACCCUGGUCAGAAGAGGCUUGGAAGCAGGACUGCAGAGUUCUGGUUGGGAUGCCACCAGAGGAACCUGGGCAUGCUGCCCCAGGAAAGGAGCCAGUCAGUCUGCACCAGUGUUAGGUGCUCUGUCCCUGCUUCUCCAGGGACUACUGCUGAAGUGGAGUGGGGCUUUUGGUUUUUCUUUGGG